AUGGAGUCCACACGCCCUGUGGGGGGGCCAACGCCACAUGAUCCAGCAGCAGGAAAUCUCCUACGUGCUGGCCAUCUUGGGGGCAACUCCUCCCCCAGCAUAAAGGACAUCAAGAAGAUCCUGGACAGCAUGGGCAUUGAGGCAAACAAUGACAAGUUCAACAAGGUCAUUAGUGAACUGAAUGGAAAAAAGAUUGAAGACCUUAUUGCCCAGGGUAUUGGCAAGCUUGCCAGUGUGCCUGCUGGUGGGGCUGUGGCUUUCUCUACGGUCCUAGGCUGUGCAGCUCCUGCUGCUGACUCCACCUCCACUGCAGCAGAGAAGAAGAAAGAUGAGAAGAAGGAAGAAUCCAAUGAAUCAGAUGAUGACAUGGUAUUUGGCCUAUUUGAUUAA